AUGCAGAUUGAGGAGCAGCUGCGCAGGGCAGAGGGGAAGGUGGGCAAGAAGGCGCUGAGCGAGCCUGACUACGUGGAGGUGCUGGAGAGGAGCUGCUCACAGGGCUGGGAGAGCUACGGGGUGCAGGAGCUGGAUGGGGAGAAGCGGCUGGCGGGGCCAGGGCUGCCGAGGCAGGAGCCCAUGAGCGUGAUGGUGAUGGGGGGACCCUGGCCAGGCAGGCUGUCCAAGAUGUGCCACGGCUACGUGGGCGAGCAGGGAGAGGCGCAGAUCUACAGGGCACAUCGGCAGGGCCGGGCCGCCCUGCGGGAGCUGCUCUGCCAUGGGGAGAAGGGGGCCUGCGCCAGCGGCAAGGCUCAGGGGCCAGCCCCACCCAAGGCGAUGCAGAAUGAGCUGUAG